GGAUGGUAUAAAUUUGGGCUGCAGAACGGCUAUGGCAGCAUUAGCAAUCGAAAGUUCGUCGAGAGCAGACACACACACCCACCACUGCAAAUCAGCAUAUCGCCAUGGAACGGAGCCAUCUUUAUUUGCCCACUCUGAGCUACGCGGCCAUGGGUCACGUAUACGCCCCGUAUCACGGAAGCAGCUCACCCGCAUUGUCAUCAUCAUCCUCUGCAUCGUCAUCGAGGCCAGAACAGAUCGAGGAGCUGGUGUCCCAGCAGUUGCACCAUCUCAAGAUGCACUACGCCGACGAGGAGCAGCGCUACGUGGACCAGAUGCUGCUGGAGAAUCCCAUUGUUGUGGAACGCCGAGCACCGCCACCGUUGAAAACAGAGUUGGCCAUGGAACAGGGAUCGGGUUCUGGAUCAGGUUCCGGAUCGGACAUGAAGGAUGCCCAACGUCAGCGGGCCGAGUCCUGCCGCAAGUCCCGAUACAACAACAAGAUCAAGAAGGCCAAGCUGCGCUUCCGGCACAAGUUCGUCAGCGGUCAGCUGAAGAAGAGCGCCGUAAUGUUGGACACGAUGCGGGAUGUGAUUGCGCAGGCGGAGCGGCAGCUCCUCGAACGGGGAUUCCCCGCCGACGCCCUCGAGCGCAUGCGCACCACUUUCGGCUUGGCCAUGGAACAGUGAUACAUAUCACUGGAAGCAUCGUAUCAGCCGGCGAAUAUACAUAUACCGGAGUACCGGAGAGUAGGAAGACGCAUCACUGACUAGUCCAGCAUUAGCCACACCAAUUUUUUUUUCUUGUUGACUAUAUCUAGUAUUACUCUAAGCGUAUUAUUAAAUUUUUAAAUAAAGUUAAGAAAUAUUACGAAAA